AUGAUCCAACCUCAAAUCGUGCUCCUCCGCGAGGGCACGGACACGUCCCAGGGGAAAGGGCAGCUCAUCUCGAACAUCAACGCGUGCAUGGCGGUCGGCCCGCGCGGUCUCGAUAAGCUCGUGCACGACGAUAAGGGCGUGACGACGAUCUCCAACGACGGCGCGACGAUCAUGAAGCUUCUCGACAUCGUCCACCCCGCGGCGAAGAGCCUCGUGGACAUCGCGAAAUCGCAAGACUCGGAGGUGGGCGACGGCACGACCACGGUCGUCAUCCUCGCCGGAGAGUUCCUCCGCGAGGCGAAGCCGUUCGUCGAGGACGGCGUGCACCCGCAAAACAUCAUCAAGUGGUUCCGCGCCGCCGCGCGCAUGGCGGUGGAUAAAGUGCGAGAGAUCAGCGUCUCCAUCGAGGGCGCGUCGCCGGAGGAGAAGUCCGAGCUGCUCAAGAAGUGCGCGAUGACGACGCUGUCGUCUAAGCUCGUGGGCGGCGAGAAGGAGUUCUUCGCGCAGAUGUGCGUCGACGCGGUGAACACGCUGGACCAAGGCGCGUUCAUAUUUCUGUACACUGAUUUGCUCGACCCGAGGAUGAUCGGCGUGAAGAAGGUGAUGGGCGGGUCCAUGCGCGACUCGUUCCUCGUCGACGGCGUCGCGUUCAAGAAGGCGUUCUCGUACGCCGGGUUCGAGCAGCAGCCGAAGUACUUCGAGAACCCGAAGGUGCUCGCGCUGAACCUCGAGCUCGAGCUCAAGUCGGAGCGCGACAACGCCGAGGUGCGGCUCUCGGACCCGUCCAAGUACCAAGAGAUCGUCGACGCGGAGUGGAACAUCAUCUACGACAAGCUCGAAAAGUGCGUCGCGUCCGGGGCGAAGAUCAUCCUCUCCCGGCUCGCUAUCGGCGACCUCGCGACGCAGUACUUCGCCGACCGCGGCGUGUUCUGCGCCGGGAGGCUUCAGGAGGAGGAUCUCGUGCGCGUCACCAAAGCCACCGGGGCCAAGGUACAGACGACGGUGAACGACUUGAACGACGAACAGCUCGGCUCGUGCGCGGUGUUCGAGGAGAAACAGGUUGGGAACGAGCGUUUCAACCUCUUCCGCGGCUGCCCCGCGUCGAAGACGUGCACGAUGGUGCUGCGAGGCGGCGCGGAGCAGUUCAUCGAAGAGGCGGCGCGGUCGCUCAACGACGCCAUCGAGAUCGUCCGCAGGGCGGUUAAGAACGCCGCGAUCGUUCCCGGCGGCGGCGCGAUCGACAUGGAGCUCUCCCGUCAUCUCCGCGAUUACGCGCGCACGGUCGCGGGCAAGGGGCAGCUCUUCAUCAACGCGUUCGCGAAAGCCCUGGAGGUGAUCCCGCGCCAGCUGUGCGACAACUCCGGCUUCGACGCGACGGACGUGUUGAACAAACUGCGGCAGAAGCACGCGUCCGGCGACCCCUCGGGCGCCAACUACGGGUUGAACGUCAACGACGGCGGCAUCAUGGACACGUACGAGGCGUUCAUAUGGGAGCCCGCGCUCGUGAAGAUCAACGCCAUCUCCGCCGCGUGCGAGGCGACAUGUCUGGUGUUAUCCAUCGACGAGACGGUUAAGAACCCGCGGAGCGAGGGAGCGGACGGGCAACCGAUUCACGCGCCGGGAGGGCGGGGCGGGCGCGGCGGAAGAGGACGCGGACGCGGACGCGGACGCGGGAUGCGACGCUGA